AAGAAUGUGGUUUCAAAAGAAGGCGAAGAAGAAUGGAAAUGAUAAACGCUAGGCGUGGCGGCGUCAUUUUUUAAAGCUUUGUAAAGGAAUUGUAUCAUAAGUGCACUUAAUAUUCUUAUACGGUAGAACAUCGUAAAUAGAUUCAUUAAAUUCGAAUCAUCGAAAUGUUAAAAUGUGAAAAUUUAUGGACAGAAAACGAUCUCAGGAUUUAAUGCCAAUAAUGUGUCAUUUGAAGAUCUUAAGAUAAAACUUUAAUUACACUUUUUAACGAAUUCCGUAAAUGUGCCUGUCGUUUAUACACGUAGAAAGAAGGGAAUGCUUGUAUGGAGUAAUGCAAGAGCGGUAACCUAUGCUGGGGAAUGGAGACGGAGAGCGUAAAAUCAGGGGCUAGCGAGCAUAGCCAUAGCCAGCACAGCAGGUCUUCGCAAAAACACCAUAAAGUAUAUAACAACAGUACCAAAUCUCAUCAUCGACAACACUCUCACAGAACUACAAGGAGUAGUCGAAGUCAAAGAAAAGAAAGACAGAAUAUAAAUACAAACGAAAUGGCUCCUUUUCAAACAACAGUUAAUGUACGUGGAGAUAGUGUGGAUAACUUAGGUCAAGAGGUUAUUGAAGUACAAAUAUUACCUCAAGAUGAAAAUUGGGGAGAAAAUACUACAGCUGUAACUGGCAAUACAUCUGAUAGGUCAGAAUCGACUGAAGAUGUAACUCAUUGGCCAAAUGAAUCUGACACUUCAUUCGGAUCUACCUGCAAUCGACAUAUUGUUCCAAUAAUAGCUGUGUUACUUGGAAUAUGUGCUUUUUUAAGUCCUAUAGCAAUGGUCAUACUACCUAAAUUAGGAUUUUUUCCUGAUACAACAACUGCAUUAACAAUGCAACAAAAAUUACAAUUACUUUCAUGCAAUGCAGAAUGCAAAGGCCAAUUGCUAGGAUUAGCCUUUAAAUUAGUACUAUUAGUUAUUGGAAGUUGGGCUGUAUUUCUACGCCCACAAAAUGCUACUAUGCCACGUGUAUUUUUAUUCAGAGCUGGUGUGUUACUUCUUACAAUGCUGUGCAUUUGUACUUAUUGGUUGUUUUAUGUUGUUCAGGUUACAGAAAGUGCUAAGACUGCUGCGAAUGGUGAAAUAACAGAGUACAAAAGUUUAGUAAAUUAUGCGGGUACUCUUGCAGAUACAUUGCUAUUCAUUCACUAUGUUGCUGUGCUACUUAUAGAAGUUCGUCAUUUGCAGCCGACAUUCUAUGUUAAGGUUGUGAGAUCUCCAGAUGGUGAAUCGAGAUCUUAUGCAAUAGGACAAUUAUCAAUACAAAGAGCAGCAGUAUGGGUAUUGGAAAGGUAUUAUACAGAUUUUCCAAUUUAUAAUCCAUAUUUGGAACGUUUACCUGUUUCUAAAUCAAGUCGAAAGCAAUCAAGUUUCAAAUUUUAUGACGUUGAUGGAGGUGUUUCAAGUGGUGUUCAGUCGCGUGGAGGUAGCGGCGAUAGAGCAGUAUUAGCUGCACAAGCUCGACGUAGAGAUUCUAGCCAUAAUGGCCGCUUUUACGAAGAACAUGAUUAUGAGAGAAGAGUACGCAAGCGAAGAGCACGUUUAAUUACUGCUGCGGAAGAAGCAUUUGCUCAUAUCAAACGAUUACAUUCUGAAGUUGAAUCCACGCCAGGUCCUGGCCCUAUGGACCCAAUGGAAGCUGCACAGGCAGUAUUUCCAUCUAUGGCAAGAGCUUUACAAAAAUAUUUAAGAGUUACACGUCAACAACCUCGUCAUUCUGUAGAAUCAAUAUUAAAUCGUUUUGCAAGAUGUUUAGCACAAGAUGCAGCACCGCGUGCAUUUUUGGAACCUUUUUUUACGACAAGUCCUGUUCUUUCUAAUGAAAAAGAAAGACAAAAGGAUUCUCAUCAUUGGGCUUUAAUCUGCGAAGGUGAGUUGCCAUCACGACCUCUUGCAAAUGGUUGUGAAUUUCAGUUAAGACAAGGUGAGAUUGCACUUUUGUGCACAGCAUAUCGAUUACCGCAUUUUCAUCUCACUGAACAACUUGCACAUCCUAAAUCUAAUAAGUUUCUCUUGAGGUUGAAUUCAGAAACUUCUGUGUAGUAGUACUGAAAAUUUUUUAGACAUCCUAUUACAAGGUGCUUAUCAUAUUAGUG